UUUCGUGGUAGGUUUCACGUUUCUGAGUAAGAUAUAAAUUGUACUGCGUCUUGUUCAAUGUUACAGCAGCAUGCUUCUGCCUAAGGUGUUUCUGUAACCUUUAAGGUUUACAACCUUGCAGCUAAACUUUACCGGAUUCUUUAAUGCGAAUAGACCGCGGUAUUCCAAGGCAAGGUUGAAUUUAAUAUGAUUCUCUUAACGAAAACGGCUAUUUUUGAGAUAUUAUUCUUCAGUACAGUAUGCGCCAAGUAUUAUUUUGAAGAGGACCUGAUAGGUUUCCCGUUCGAACGCAACAACCGAGAACAGCUUGGUGAUUCUCCGCGCUCCUACAUCAACGAUGAUUACUCCUUUGGAUUUCCCAGACCGAAUCGUCAUCACAGGACCACUACGGCUCGUCCAGUAUAUUCUCCCUCCCGAUUUCAAGAGAAAAAGUGCGGGAGGACGACCUGCCCGCGGGGAACUCGCUGUGCCUUCUUCUACGUCUCCUGCUACGGCGGUGAUUGUCCGCCGAUCUACUACUGUUGGCUGGAGCCAGCGUAAGCUGAAACUGCGGAAGCUAUGCCCUCGGCGUGAGGUAUGUUGGUGUACAAAGAUGCGACAUCCAUAGUGACCAAGUAACCCCCCGCCGGUACCGUCAGGUUUGAUACCUCCCGAAGGAAAUGAUUUGUGUCUUUAAUGUACGAGGGGAAUGAAGAUGGGAUGUCCUUAAUGAGACUGUCAA